AAACAUAUCUACAUCAUUUUACUACCCAAAUACUAACCGGCCGACUUUUGAGUAUAUGUCCAGAGGACAUACAACUUUGUGAAUAACAUCUUAGUAGCAGGCGGUUAUGUCUAUAUGAAUGGGGAUGCAGUGAAGUUACAACCACCUGUUGCAAACGCACUAUACGCUCACGUACCCGUUGAAACGGCAAUGCUAGCCACAACAAAUCUGUACGGACCGACAACACAAUUGGCAGCUCCAGCAGCAACACACAUCCCAUUGAUAGCGACCACAGCUCAACAACCGCCGCAUCCGCAAGCGUUGCAAGUGGCCGCCCCACCACCACCUUCACAACAUCAACAUCAACACCAGCACCAACAGUUGAUACCACAUAGUCAUCCACACGCGCAUACACAUACACAUAGUGCAGCUGUCGCCGCUGCUGCAGCCGCUGCCGCAGUAGCUCCACAUACACAGCAAACACCCACUGCUGCUGCCACAUUACAAACGGUGCCAACUGCCGCGCAUCAAACCGCACACUUACAAUACGCUCAUCAGCCACAAGCGGUGGCUCAAGUUGCUACUGGGGGCACCACGGUCACAACGAUUGAUAGCGCCGAGUACGCAGCCGCCGUAAUGAAUGGCACAAUUGCACAGGACGGCAGUGCCGUCUGCUAUGGCCAGCAGGAUGAAUUGUCUGCUGGUAUGACGACAGGAACGAAUUUAAUAGCUGUUGAUGCAUCAAUGACGGGAACGCCCACAUCAGUGGGAGCUCAUCAAUCGCACACGCAACAUCAUGUGGUUGUAGGUAAUGGCCCACAUCAGCACCAACAGGUGGUAGCACAACAGCAUCAUCAAACACAUUCACAACAUCAACAACAACAACAACAAACGAUUAUAACCGGUAGCAAUUCGGCAAAUACAGUUGACAGUUCUGGCAUACCGCUGGAACAGCUUAAACAGAUGCUCUCAACCCAAUUGGAAUACUAUUUUUCUAGAGAAAAUUUAGCAAACGACACAUACCUUUUGACACAAAUGGACGCCGACCAAUAUGUUCCCAUAAUCACUGUGGCCAAUUUCAAUCUUGUCAAGAAGCUCACAAAGGAUAUUAAACUGAUUACUGAAGUGCUAAGAGAAUCGCCAAAUGUGCAAGUAGAUGAGGAAGGAUUACGUGUUCGCCCAAAUCACAAACGUUGCGUAAUUAUAUUGAGAGAAAUAUCCGAUAAAACUCCAGUGGAGGAAGUUAAGAAUAUUUUUAAUAAUGAAAAUUGUCCACGCGUAAUAUCAUGCGAAUUUGCGGGCAAUAAUUCAUGGUACAUUACGUUUGAGUCUGAUGAAGAUGCCCAAAAGGCUUUCAAGUACUUGAGGGAAGACGUUAAAGAGUUCCAGGGUAAACCCAUUAUGGCUAGAAUGAAGGCGAAACCUUUCAUUAACCGGCUGCCAAUUGCACCGGUGCCAGCCUUAAAGAAUGGCUUCCGUCUGACCUCUCCCCCAGCUGCGGUGUAUGAUCCGAACGCUGCAGCAACUGCAGUUGCAUACAGCGCAGCACCACAACGAUUUGUAUACGCAGCUAAUGGAGCAGCAAUGACGCAGGCGUCUGUACCUUAUAAUACGCCAGUACAUCUUUUUCCAUUCCAGCAGCAGCAGUUUUACCCAAGUCUUGUCGCCACUACACCAUGGCCACCGGCGGCUGCUGCCGCUGUAGCAGCAGCCGCUACCACAGCACACGGUCAAAAUUUUUAUGAGAUAGGAAAUGUGUUCGCCGCUAAUGGCUUAGCACCGCAAGCGACUGUGCCAGCCGCUUAUGCGACAUCUGCGCCCCCGCAAACCGCUGCUCCAUUGACAACCACUUCAAAGGGACAAAGCGGUGGUGGACGCUACAAUAGCCAUCGUAGUAACACUAACAGCGCUGGUGGUGGUGGACGCAGCAAGUUGCGUAGUAAUAAUACGCAACAACAAAUGCAACAACAACAAAGUCAGCAAUUGCCUGGUAUGAUUGCAACGCUGGGUAAUGUCGUUGGCAGUUUAGUAAGCGUUGUACCAACCAUAAUUGAUCCACAUCAACAACAGCAGCAGCAGCAACCGCAGCAGCCACUGACACAGCAACCUCAGCUUCAAAUGCAACAGCAGCAAGCGACUUCGAGUCAAGCGCAGCAACAGCAGCAACAACCGCCACAACAAUCACAGCAGCAGCCUCAAAACACCAGUUCCACAAGACAUUACAACAGUAUGAAAAGUAGUGCAGGUGGUAUAUCAAAAUCGUCAAUGGAUAAGUCUUACGGUGGCGGUAGUAUGUCCUCGCACAUACACUACAGCACACAAACACAAACGGGCACUGCGUCGUCUCAUCAUCAUACGUCGUCAAUACAGCUGCAGUCCCAACAACAGCAACAAGCGAAUGCCGUUGCUGGUGGCACACAUUUACAACAAACUCACUACCAAAUGCCUUCCUCAACAGCAGCGGUAGGGGCCGCUGCAACGGGAACAAUACAACAUUCUUCCUAUUCACAUGGUACACCGACAGUGUCGGUGCAACAGCAGCAUCAUCACCAAACACACCAUCAACAGCACCAGCAGCAGCAACAACAGCAAGUGCAGCAGCAUUUGCAUGGCCAGCAUGUUGCCGAGCUGCAAGAUGAUGGUGGUGUAUUAGUUAUCGGUGCUGGCGGUGAUAUGUUGCAGCAUUCGCAACAAUCUGCACAUCCCCAUCAACAACAGCAACAGCACAAUAGAAGUAACUUGUCUAGUUCAACGUCGUCGCUGGCGACGUCGUCCUCUGUUGGAGUUGGUGUGGUGGGGAAGGAGCCGCUCAUGCAUUGGACGCAGCCGCGACAUCGACGUCGGAGACGUGACGACGACGGUAGCGUUAUGACUUACUCGCCAAACACUAGACUUGGUGGCGGCGGUGGCGGCGGAGUAAGCGGUGGGGUCAGUAUAACGACAUUUUAUACGCCUUAUAGCACUUUCGUGCACAAUGUUGUUGGGGUGGGUGGUGGAGUUGGAGUUGGUGGAAGUGACAUGGGUGUAGAAUUCGAUGUAGGCAAUGGUGGCAACAUUGGAUGCGUAGAUAAUGCGAGCGGGAAUGAAACUUCAGGAGGAGGAGGAGGAGCAGCAGCAGCAGGAGGAGUUGGCGGUGGCGAAGGCGGAGGGCAGCAUGGCGGCGGCUUGCAGUCAUUUACUAGCAACCCCACCAUCACCACCACCACCACCACCACUGUCAUCACUGCCAUCGAUAGCUACAGCACGGCGAAUUCAAGCCAUACUAUGAACUUAAAUUUAAAUGUAAUUGCAAAUCUCAAUCAGAAUCUGAGCACAAAUUCGAAUCAGAGUCCGAAUCCAAGUCCAAACCGCAAUUCGUAUGCGAUAAAUGAACUGAAUCAAAGUCAUAGCCAAAACCAACAUAAGCAUUAUGGCCAAAACCAGCACCAAAGUCAGCAGCAUAGCCAAUCAAAUCAAGCCCAAAUAAUGUCUAAUAGCUUCCACAACAGCUUCCACCACAACCAAUAUAAUAAUAAUAAAUUUAGCAAUAACAAUUCUGCCUCUUCUACUACCACCACCAAUACUACUACUAAUACUACCACUAAAACUUCUACUUCUACUAAUGCUAAUGCUACUAACAAUAAUCAUAAUAAUAAUUUUGGUACAACAACAACAUCAUCAAUAAUAACAAGCACAACAAACAAUGUGAAUACGCAAAAAGCAAAAAUAUUCAUUCAAUCCUCUACUUCGCAGCAGCAAUCGUACAUUGGUGGUAGCUCAUCGUCACAUCAUCAAUCACAGCAACAGCAACAGCAACAACAACAAUCGUCCAACUCAGCCACAUCGCUUUCGUUAUCAAAUAAUAAUACCAAUAUACUUUCAACUCAGACGAGUGGCGGCGGUGGUGCCGGUGGACACCAUAGUCAACGCGGUGAGAGUGGUCAUCAUGGUGGCGGCACUGGUGGCUAUAAUACGCAUCGUGAAGAACAUCGAGGUGGCUACAAAGGCAACAAUUACAAUCCGCACUACAAUAGUGGUGGUGGCAUGGGUCACCACUCGCAGCAUUCGGGCGCAUCACAUCAUCACCAUCAUAGUGGCGGCGGUACAACACAACCACAUCAUCACCAUCAUUCGGCUUCGCACCACACAGGCUCAACGCAUCAUUACCACCAUCAUCGCCACGAAGUGGGUGGUGGUGGUGGUAGUGGUGGAGGUGGGUUAAGUGGUGGUGGAUCAAGUGGUGGACAUGGCAUAAGCGACCGCAGCAAUGAUCGCAGUGGAGGCCACGGACAUCACGGUCAGCAACAGCAACAGCAACAUGCGCCGCCGCCACAACCACCACAAUUCGAUCUAGAAGCGGCUGCAUUUCCACCACUGCCAGCAACCUCAUCGUCCACAGCAUCUUCAUCGUUAGCGUCCUCUGGUGCGAUUCCGACAAACAGUAGUGGCAAUAAUAGCAACAGCGCUUCGUCUUCUGGCAACAAGCAAACUGCCAAUUUGACACCACACCACCAACAGUCGCAGCAGCAGCAGUCUUUUAGUAGCAGCGGCAGCGGCGGCGGCGGCGGCAAUGAUGGUAGUGUAAGUGGAAAUAAUGAUGUGCAGCUGCAAAAGACAAGCUCCGGCUAUUUGCAGCAGCAGCAACAACUACAACAACCUAAUCAGUGCUCAAGCCAUUCUAAUGCCUUACAGCAAUCUAAUAGUUCCUCGACGACGGUAACUGGCGUAACAGCAAAUGCCGGUGGUGGCGGCGGCGGCGGCGGCAGCAGCAGCAGUGGCAGUAACCACCACAGCACCAGCAUUAGCGCCAGCGCUGGCUGGACCAAUGAAAAUCGUUUGGCAGAUGUGGUGCGCUCUGGUGGUGGCGGUGCUAGUGUCACUGGUGGCAAUAAUAAGAGCAAAUCCCGCAAAGAUUCCGCCCAUAAUAAUAAACAGCAACUAAAUUUUCAGCCGCGUAAUGUAGGUAUUAAUGUGGCCGGUAUUGCUGGUUCAAGUCCCACCUCAACAGCGUCCAUAAACAAUAUGAAUAACACCACUACUACCACAGAAGGUGCUUACGCUGUAGAUGAACAAAAUACUGCAGCCGCAAUGAAGUCGAACAACAAUAAGUCUGCGACGAUGAAUAAGCAAAAUUCGAAUUCGAAUAACAACUACACCACCUCUGCCUCCUCAUCCAACAACACUGUGAUAAAGUGUCCAACACAACCCAAUAACAACAAAAACAACAACGCCUAUAGUCUGAUUGGCAGUAACGCGUCAUACGACAGUAAUACUGUCUCUGGUGAGAAACCAACCAACAAGACUGAGGAACUGUUUGCGUCAACACAAGAAGUAGGAUGUAAGCAACAGCAGCAUGCUACCAGCGACAACGAACAGCAUCAUCAAAUUAAUCACCGAAGCAGCGGCAACAGCAGUGGCAGCGUAAGCCAAAUUUCUUCAGUUGGUUUGAUGAAAAACACUAACACUGUGUUAUCAACGACAUUGUCUACAGCUGGUGCACUAAGUAGUGGCAGCAGCGGCGCCGCCAAUAACAGUGGUACACCGGCCGUAACAUGCAGCGUGGCCACAAUGACCACAAAUUUCGCCGAAUGUAGUCUAAGCAAUCACAAGAAACCGCCAGCAGUUGCUGAUUUACUCGCCAAAAAGGCGACGCCAAAAGAUGCUACUAAGCAUAAGAAUGCUUCAACAUCUACGAAUUCAGCUUCCAUAGAAAAUAUUGUCGCAGCGCAGACCGUCAUACCAAUGGUAAAUGCUGCUGCUGCUGCUGCGGCGGCGAAUAGCAACAGCUCACGAUUGAGCUAUGCGCAAGUCGCUCAACAUCACAAGGAACGCGCCGUCGUCGAAGGCGGCAACAACAAAGAGACAUCGGUUUCAGGUCAAGCAUCACCAGUGGCUGUGCCCAAUAAAAACGAAUCUUCGGUGGCAACCUUGAGUAUAAACAAAAUUGAGACUGUGAAUAGUAAUAUCGCUGCGUCUGGACCAGUCAGUACAGCUGGUGUGGUAGCGGUGGCGGCGGCGGCAUCUGCGACAGCGACAGCGCUGCCUGCAACAGCGAUUGCAGCUGCAUCGCAAUAUGCUGAAAAACAAAGCGAUAAGUCGAUUAGCGGCUCUCCAUCAGCAGCAACCGCAUCAGUGCUGAUGGAUAAGCAAUCGCGUGGCAUAACGAAUGUAUUAAGUCAAUCGAUGUUAAGUGGAGCCACCAUAGUUGGCGCUGGUGGAAAUGUUGGCGCCAGUAGUGGUGGCGGCAAUAAUUCCGGUGCUGUGAACGAUAGUGGCAGUAAUGUAGUUACAUUACGCACUGAUAUUUCCAAAGAUAAAGAUGGUUUUCGUGAAAAUCGUCAAAGCACAGGCAGUAACAAUAGCGGUAGCAGUGGAUUUAGUAGUAGUGGUGCAGUCAGUAACAGUGGUAUAACUACAACGGCCGUUACAACGGGUGCACGCAAUCGCGGCAUCGACGGCAAAGAAAAGAAUGUGCGCGAACGACACGAUACUGCCGAAAGUAGCAGUAGUGGGCGGAAGUCUGGCCGAAAUUAAUCGUCGGUUAGGUUGCGAUCGAAAUAAACACGGAGAUAGUUUGCUUAGAAACAGCAUUUCACACGAAAACAUAACACACAGCAUAGCUUACACACACACGAUACUCACUUAAAACAAAAUAUAAGACUACACAAGUAGAACAUAAGUAGAUGAUGCACGCUAAAGGACUUAUUGGGAAAUUGGAGCAAAAGAAGCACAUGGUGUGUGUGUGUGUGUGCGUGUGCUGCAAUAACUAUGCGCGCAGAAACGAAUGGUAUAACCAAUUCAAGCAUUGUGCUGCUCUGCUGCGGUAUAAAAGAAUUUAAAUAUAAGAUAAAAGGAAAAUUAAAAAAUUCAGACAUAUAUCCAUAAGUGGUGUUGACCAAAAACCAACGAAAAAACCGAACGUAGCAUGUGCCAAGCAAGUGCCAGUAGUUUUUGUGUGUGUAGCGAACGUAGCGCUAACCUUUAUAUAUGCACACAAGGCGACGUUCGCCGCCCCAAUAUGAAUUGUGAAAGUUGUCAAAGCUGCUUAAUGUUGUUGGAUUCCAUUUGGUGGGUUUGCUCUCAAUUAUCGUACUAUGACUACUACAUCUACCAUUAAUGCAUACUACUACUACUACUACUACUACUACGGCUGCUGCUUUAAGUGGAUUCACUUGAACACACUGCUAUAAUAACCACAAUGUAAUUAAGCGCGUGUGCAUAGUUAUACAUAGUUACAAAUAGUUAGUACGGCUAUAUAGAAAUACGAAAAUUACGAACGUAAGCUACUUCGAAAUACUACAAUCCGCAAGAUUUACUGCUGCAGCAAAUCUACUAAUCUACUACAUACAGUUAGUUUGUAUGAUAUUUUUUCGCAAAAAAAAAAAACUGCAAUAAGGAUACAAAAAACAAAUGUUGUAGAACAACAAUAAACAGAAAUAUGCUGUUUUGGUUAUAGAAAGACGACCCGUAUACAAUACGCGGGGAAUGUAUAUAUAAAAAAAGGACCAGUCAGAAAUUAUUCUUAUUACUACUAUUGAUAAAAUAUUUAUACAUACAUACAUAUGUAUACAUACAUAAAAAUAUAUAUAUAUAUCACAACCUAUCCUUAGUUUUUAAGCAAUUGAUAAACGAAAUGUCAAAAUGUUAAAAAGGCAAAACAAAACGUGAGACAAGCACGACGCUUUGCAAAGUGCAUAAUUGUUGUAUAUAGAGAAAUUAACUUUGUCAAUAAUAAUAAUAAUAAUUAUUAUUAAAAUAUUAUUGUUCACAUACAAAUACAUAUGUAUGUACAUAUGUAGAACAUUUAUACGUAAUGUACAUAUACAUACAUAUGUACAUGUAUGUAUACAUUGUCUACAUAUUGAUCACUAAUAAUUAUAACUAAAGACGUUAUUGGAUCUACAUACAUAUAUAGAUAUAUGAGUGAUGCAAACACACAACACACACACACUUCGAGCAACUAUGUAUGUAGGAUUUUAUAAAGAGUUAUACACAUGUGUUACAUAUUAAAUGGGAGCGAGAAAAAAAAAACCACAAAAACGAUAUUAUAUACAUACAUACUAAAAUCGUAGUUAGGCACAUUACAGUGAAUAUU